AAGAAAUUGUAAAAUAACUCGGCUAAAUUUUUAAAAUACAAUCGAUGUUUUUCCAGUGGACCGUGUGUUAAGAAGUUCUUGGACUUCUGCAGAAUGUCAGCAACUGAAGAUGGAGGUGAACGUGCACCAUUAAUUUCAAAAGAUCAAUACGGCAAGAGCCAUUCAACUCGUGGAAAGACAAAUACCAAUUGCCUGGUGUCUCGGUCCGAUGGAGCUUUGAGUCGUCAGCAAAGAAUCCUAAAUGCAUUGUGCAUUCUUGUAACAGAGUCAUGUGAGCGCCUGACCUUCUAUGGAGCAUCUGCGAAUCUAGUAUUAUUUUCUAAGAAUGUCUUAAAGCUUGAGUCACCUUGGCCAUCAACAAUCACUUUUUUCUUCCAAGGGACAUGUUACGUUACACCUUUGCUUGGAGGUUGGCUGGCGGAUGCUUACUUGGGUCGUUUCAACACUAUUUACGGAUGCUGUUUGUGGUAUUUGGUUGGGGUCAUGCUUCUUGCCACGGUAUCAAUUACUGAUGAUAUGCUGACCUCAGAAUUUGAUACAUUAGCGAGACUGGUGUAUUUUACUAUUGCCCUUGUGUUGAUAGCAUUUUGCGCGGGAGGAAUCAAGGCCAACGUAGCACCCUUUGGAGCAGAUCAGGUGAAACAGGAUGGUCCAAGGGCUGUUCAGACCUUCUAUAGCUGGUAUUACUGGUUUAUUAACACGGGAGGCUUAGUAGCAGUUACAGUUGUAGUGGGAAUCCAGCAAUCAAACAUUUUCUCUGGUUAUGUUAUAAAUGCUGGUUCAAUUAUCUUUAGUCUGGUUGCAUUUCUUGCCUGUCGUAAUAAGUACUUGGUCAAGCCACCGGUGGGUAGUCAACUGACUGAAAUUUCCAAAAUAACCCUCAAUGCCAUUAAAAAUCGGAAACAGAACACUGGUGGCUGGAUGGAUGGAGCAAAGAGCAGAUUUGGAGGAAAGUUUAAUCAUGCAAAGGUUGAAGAUGUCAAGGCAGUCUUGAGAGUACUUCCAGUGUUCAUCACAUUCAUCUUUUUCUUUACAAUUUACUUCCAGAUCAGCACUUCGUUCCUUAUUCAAGGUGCUUACAUGAACCUAAAAUUGCAAAAUUUGACCAUACCAGCGACGUCGUCAAUGGCUGUUACUGUUGUCUUCGUUCUUGGACUAACUCCUCUUCUAGAAUACGUUGUCUAUCCUCUCAUGGAACGCACGGGCAUUAAGCUGACUCCCUUGCGGCGCAUUGGUGCCGGCUUUCUGUCAUCAGCAGCAUCUAUGGUUGUUGCUGGUCUGGUUGAAAUGAAGCGACGAGAAGUAUGGCUAGAUGGUCAUAUCUGCACACAGGAGGUUUUAGGGGAAAUUCACAACGCUUCUUGUCUCAGCAUUUUCUGGCAAACACCUCAGUUCAUGUUGAUUGGAAUUGGUGAAGUGCUUGCAACUAUUGCGGGACUUGAGUUUGCAUACUCACAGGCUCCCGAGUACCUUAAGGGAGUGAUCAUGGGUGUGUUCCUCGCAGCCACCGGUGUUGGUGGUUACCUUGCAAAUCUUCUAGUUGCUGUUGUCAACAGCGAUUGGUACCCUGAGAAGGAUCCUAACCAAGGCCACAUGGAGUACUUCUUCUUCCUGUUGUCUGGUUUGAUGAUGCUAAAUUUUCUGUUAUUCCUAUACAUUGCGUCUUCAUACAAGUACAAAGUAUCGGCUCAGCUAGGUGACGAGAGUGAGAAAGAACAGCUUGAGCAUGAACUAACUGUUAGCACUCAAUCUAUGCGAUGCUGAUCGCUUUAUGUCUGCAUGCCUCAGCUAAGCUAAGGGGCAGAGUAGUUAGUUUUGUCUGUAUUUCUGCAUUGUUCACCGAACGAACCUUUCCGAAUAAAGCGCCAACGGGAAGCGAAGCUUCCCAUGCGAGGGGUGAGAAAAAGAAUAGGUAAUAGCGCUAAAAGUCUUUCUAAAGAACUGUAAGUGGAUUUUUGUCACUUGAUGAAGAUUUCAAGAGACGCAUCUGUCUGAUAACCAAUCAACAGGACUGCUAUUGCGCGAUAAAUUCACUGGUAAUACAGUCAAAGGUAAUUCCUCAUCUCCACGUGGCCGCAGAUUCUGCAUGAUCUGCACCCCUAAAUGUAAGAAGGUUUAAAUAGAAAAGUGAUAGUGUGAAUUUAUUUCAUCUAUCGCAAAAAGUCUACGCAGACCGAGCGGACUCGUAUUGCUUUUUUUCAGUGAUAAAGGCUAAUUACUCAUUAUGUGUUUGAAAGUAAUUAAUUUGGCUGAAGGUACAAUUUGCGGUAAGGGUUUAGUCAAAAGAUUAAUAUGAAUUAGGAUAACAGGAGCCCAUUACUUGAUGAGCUACUUCAUAAAAAAAUCAAUAGUUAGAUAAAGUACUUCAGUUUUAGCACCUGAAACAAGAAGUAUGCAUCUAAGAUAAGUACAUCCACAUGUUUGUCGACCAUUGUUAGUAUUUCAGUUUUGUAACAUAAAACCCAUACAUAUAUUAUUUCACUACUGCCUUGGUAGUGUUCAUUACUGCGAAAAUAGCUUUCAUAUCCAUUCCAUAAACCGCAGUUCCAUGAUAUAUGAUUUUCAUACAUCCGCAGUCAUCGGUUCAUCACCUCACGGGUUUACGACGAACCAACAUAAUGACGGCGACAAUAAUGGCUUGUGAAUUCAGUUGAUUAUGCACUGGUAUCGCAUAGGUAAUGGGUUCAAAUCCCGUACUGGCCUGAAUUUUUUUCAGGCCUUACUUUCACUACUGCUUAAGUAGUGGUCAUUACUGCGAAGGUCGCUUUCAUAUUCAUUCCCGUACGAAACUAGGUUAGAAAAAUCCUUUUUCUUUUCAGGGAAGUAUUUAACAAAAUUACCGCAGAUGUGUGAGGUUUUUCAUCUAUUCAUCUAGACGUCCACCCAUACAGUUUUCUUUUUUGCCUUGCUUCUGGAAACUUAUAUAUCAGUAUGUCAAGAUUUCGACCCAUUACAAUUAUGCCUCUAUGUCUACGAGUUCGCCCUAUUAAAAACAAAAACUUCGCCUCGGCGUUGCCAAUUCGCCUGCGAAUUUUUGAACUUGUUUCCAUGAGGCAGAACGUGUUCAGUUUCCAACUUAUACAGAUCUUUACCAAGACGGUCAAACUGUCAAAAUUUUAUUCAAACUCCAUAUUUGAGCAUGGUUUGUGAUUAAAACUGGCCUAUUUUAUACAUUUAACCCUUUAACUCCCACGAUCUGAUUGUUAAUUCUCCCCUCUAGCUGCUACGCAUUUCCUUGUAAAUUAGUUAUGAGAAUUUGGUGUUAGAUCAAGAUGAAAACUUUAACCUGAUAAGUCUGAGUAUUCUCAUUACCUUUUUGCGGAAUAAUGUAUGGAUGUUAUUGGGAGAAGUUAUGUGUUAAUCACUUCUGGGAGUUAAAGGGUGCAAUGGUAAUUUCAUGGUGGAAGCACUGACUUCUUCUUUGUCUCCGCCAAAGCCAUAUCAAGAUCAGCAAUGAUGAGCGUGGGUAGUAAAAGCUUAAGAAGUUUUGCCCUUUUCUCGUAAAGGCUAGACCUCUGAGCGAAGUAAUAUAAGCCUUCCUACUACUGCUACCUUUUUUUAUAUAUAUAAAUUAGCCUACAAGUAUGUUUUUCAUUAAGUCUGUCUGACGAGUGCGUAAGCACGAAACUUAGAGUUACAGGGAAUCAUGCGUGUUUCGUUUUAGUCAUUUUGAACUUUACUACUAUUUCCCACAAUUAAGCCUUCCUACUAUAAUCAUAACUAUUAUAGUUUCCUAAAAUGUGAUUGGUGCAUUAGCUGCUUUAUUUUUCACUAAUCAUUCUGCUCAGUUGUAAUCGGACAGUGUAAUCGUACAGUUGGCUGUAAUCCUACACCUGUAAUCGGAACGGUUUUCCGAGAGCGAGGUUUGAGAAAGACUGUAAGCUUUGAGGAACAUACCUAGAUAAUGCUCAAGGACAAAUAUAGCAUGCUUUCGGGGAAAACAGAGUUUAUUGUGUUUUCUAUCCUUCAAAUAUUUUGCAACGUGUGUGAAGAAAAAAAAUGUUUUCGUAGUGU